GCAUUAGGAAAGCCAAAAGUCAUACGACGUGGUCUUGCAUUUUCUCCAGUUAUAAUUUAGAAAUAGUAUGAGAGCGAAUCUUUAGUAUUACUUUUACUUCUUAGGAAAAGGUGUCGAAAAAAUUGAAAAUGGAUACUGCAAUCCAAUCUGUCGUCCGGGAUUUGUUCCGCGACAUACGGGCAGUCACGGAGAGGCAGAUUCAACGUGAAGCAAAUUGGUGUAAGCGGCAGCUAACGGAAACGGCUCGACAGAGCAAGGAAUCAAAUGGCUCUUCACCCUCUGUUGCGACUAACUGCAUCAAUUCAGUAUGCAUUUCCUUGAUUAAGUACCUAUGUCCUCCGAGUAGUUCAUGCAAAGGAGUGCAUUUCCUCGAAGGGAUGAUGUGCUUAAGGGUCGGACCACUAGCUUGUUUGCUGAGUCCUUCUAAUUUCUGACAGGGGAGUAGUCACGGCAGACCCAAGCAGCCUCGUUUGGUGGAUUGGAGCGCAGGUCGUAAUGCCAUGGAUAGAGAUGUCACGAGGGCGAUCGAGCGGCAUAUAUCCAGAGUACGUGGUCGAAUUUUAAAGCAUCAACCGGUGGAGGAUGUCCCACCUGAAUUUGCAGCAGGCCUGCAAGGGUCACCAGACCUCCAAGGGCCGGGUGGGCUUGGUAGUUGUAGUUGUAGACAAGAACAUCAUCUUGAGGUGGAAAAACAAAUUAGGCCUCCAGGAGUACGAGCUGGUGCUGCACCAAACAGUGACGAUGUCCAAUGCCAAAAGCAGCUUGACAAGACCAAGGAUAAUGUUUCUGCAUCGUCGACAACCUGUUCCUACCUGUGUCUAACGCAUGCGACCAUGGCUACAACGAUCGCAAGUGUCACACCUGGUCUCUCGGAAGACACGGUUUCCAGCGUAAUGACGAACGCGACAGGGGGUCACUGUCACGCAGCUGUAGCGCAACUUAAUACUGCAAGCAGUCAUACAAGCAGUCAACAUACGGCAGGAGCGGGAGUAAUUAUAGGUUUCAGAGAUAGAAGAAGUUCUUGUAUCAGAAAUGCUUCGCUUCAGGGUUCCAGUGUUGAUUUCUUGAUAUUAUGAGUCAGUAUCUAAUUUUGAUGUUCAUCAAGUAGUUCAGAUGAUUUCUUUUGUGCACUAGGAAAAACGUAAAAUUUUCAAGAAAUAGAAAAUCUAUUCCAGCUCCCCGUCGCUCCUUCGGCGGUCAGCAGCAAUCGAAAUCCCCAGCAAUCGAAGGGUUCGCUUCCCGCAUGUCCACCCGCUCCCCUCGCUGUGUCGCGAGAUCUAGCGGUCGUAGGUGGAAGUGAUGUACCUUCCCGGGCAGAGCUUCUGCGCACCCCAAAACCGCGCACGCCUGGCCCUGCUAUCUCUGAACGCGUAAGGCAGUUUCAAGCGAGGAUUGACGAAAUCCAAAAUAGCAACGUCAAACUGGCUACUGGUAACACUAGGGAUUCCAAGAAGAGUUCGAAGCGAAAGAAGCACGACCCAACAAACCACGAAGCAUCUUCUGCAGCUAGACCUACUCCAGAGGUUUUUUCAGCGUGCCGCGAACCAGAUGACUUCGGACUUAUACCGAGGAUGGGUGACUUAGUUGACGAGGCCGCGAGUGGUCUUGAACACCCUACUAGUACUGCUGGAGUACGAAUACAAGAGAACAAUAUGAAUACUUCUACAAGUAAUGUGAUAGAGGUGGAUGUGGAUCACCUCUUGCCGGUUCCGAUGGAUGAAGUGUCUGUUAUCAACAUUCAACAGGCGGAGAGUAUGCAGGAGGACAGAGUCAGGUAAGAAUAGACGAAGAUCAUACAGAUUAUAUAUUUAUAGUUCCUAUUCGUAUUGUUCAGUCGUGCAUAUUUAUAAGUGCACUUCCCUGAAGUUGUGAAGAGAAAAACUACAACCUUUUUCUAUCGUAUCCUCCUACCACAAUCAAUUCAGUGAAUUUCCUUGUACAACCCCAAAAUAAAUGAACACAGUGACCUUGCUGACGGCAGCAGCGUGCUGCAAGCCUCAUCGUUACUCGUCGGCGCUGAAGAGACGCUUUUAGAUUUGAACAGAUCCAUCGCGGUGCCCCCGACAACUACGGUCCUUGAGGGUGAUUCGGCAAACAUGGAGGAUGAUGUUGACGACAUGGAGGUCAGUUUUGAAGUCAGCAGCUCUGUGGAGGACGAGGGCGAUCAACAUCUUAGGGCAGCUGAAGAAGCAGCAAGUGAAGUCGUUGUGGUCAAUGACGCAGAUGAUAGCGCAGAAGUUACUGUUUCUGGGGAGAAGCAAGAUCUUGAGGUACCGCAAGCGCAACAAGGACAGACUCAUCAGGAACAUCUACAUGUAGAGGGGAAACAAGAACAACAAGCUCGAGUAGAACAAGUGCAGCAACAACUUCCACACCAGACGAUUGAGAAGAGCACAGCAACAGCAAGUAGUAUACCAAGCGAAGACAAGGACAACCUCGAGCCACAUCUUCAAACAAAUCAACAUCACGAACAUCAGCAUGGUUCGACAUUUGAUAGAUUAGAAAUGCUUCUGCGACGUGAGCAAAUACGGGGAUUGAAACGUGAGUCGGACAAUUAUGAGAUAUCCGAGCGCGGUGAGAUGUCUGGUGAUGAAGAUUCAGAAAUGGAUUCGCCCGAUCGCAGUCACAAAAGAAUACCUAAAUGGUACUAAAUUUACUUAGUACAGCGAUCGCAGUCACAAAAGAAUACCGAAAUGGUACUAUUUACUUAGUACAGCGAUCGCAGUCACAAAAGAAUACCGAAAUGGUACUACUUGGUACACUCUUAGGUUUACGAAAUAGAUCGAGACAAACCCUUCCCCUCCAAGGCAAUUUCCUUCCGCAUUAAGGUGUGAAGAUUGGGGCAUGGCAGUCCAACGGCAAGUUUGCAUCGACCCAGACACUAUUUUUGGCGCAGUUAAGGCAGGAAUCAAUAGUACUAGCAUUCAAUUCUUAAUAUCAACAAAUGUGGAGAACCACCAUCCAUAAGGUGUCAUCAAGUUCCUCAUCAAGAAUCACCUAUCAUGUGUUGGGUAGCUCUAAUGCACAAGUCGCGCCACCGGAUAUCGUAAGCAUGUUCGGAACGAAUGUAGUUCCCGCCAAGCGCCGACGCAGAGGCAGCAGCCAGAACUGGGAUGAGGAUGGGCUGACAACCACUGAAAUCGCAAAAUAUAAGUCAACAAUGGGACAAACCAAAACACUCACUUUGUCUUGAUGAAGACGAAUCUUCUCAAUCAAAACUUUCAACUUCCUGUACUUGCACUGAGAAUCAUCAUGGACCACCAAUAUGAAGCACUUGUCAAUCUACAUCCACACAUUUAUAUACUCUUCGUUCUGUUUUGAUGAACAAUCAUCUUGGGUUUUUACAUUCUACUUCCUUGCUUGCACCUGAUUCCGCGCACUUUUGAAAAUGGACAUGACCAUCAAGAAAUGAAGGGGUACAUACACUACAUCCCGUAGGUACUUCUUACACCUACUGGUAGAAGCACGCCAGAGUCGGAGAAUUAAGAACCACUAGUUCUAGACCAGAACACAUUCCAAGAAGAGAAUGGC